AUCGAGCGUGCGAAAUAUCAAUGGGGCAGGGCUCCGGCAUAUAUAGACGCUGGCUACUUAGUUCCUUACUACUUCAUCGACAGCGAGCCACAUCCUCCCUUUCAUUAUCAUCCCUCUCUCUGCUCAGAUCAUGCGCUUUCUGGACAAUCCACACAUUGUCCGUCACAUCCGCUCUCUAUUGACAGCCCUGUCAUCCAAGGUCCAUACGAAACCGCGAAACAGACUCUGUAACAUUCCCCGCACAUCUUUCAUUCAUUCUCCAGCACUUGACCUCCCGUAUCUACCAACGGAAUUAUGGCGCAUGAUUUUGCGGGAAGCAACAACUAUGAAUUCAGACCCCCUCGACAUAUCCCUGGGUCUAUCAUUCCUAGAAACCCCAUGUGAAGUCGCAGAGUACCACGCUGCCAUGAAGAUUAAGCGAGACCUGUCGCUUGUCAGCAAAGCGUGGAAUAAAUACCUCCAAGAGUACCUUUACGAGUUUGUCUGGAUUAGUCGAGCCAGUCAGGCAAAAGCCCUCGCACUCACCCUGCUCACCCAAUUUAUAGAGGGCAAACCCUCAAGUGGCCACUACAUCCGCCGAUUACACAUGGAAACACCCGUCCUUAGGCGGUGCGCUACAGACGAUAUCCGUACCAUUCUCGAUUACGCCCCACAUCUCGUCAUCUACUCCGAUCAUCACUCAGUCAGAUGUACGCGCUAUUCAGAGUUCAUCGAUGUGCGCUGUUCUCCGGAGCAGAUGGUUUCUGUUCUCAGUUCGAAUACCAAACUCCGGAGGCUCUCUCUCACCAACUACAGCGAUGACCCCUUCCCAAAACAUGUAUCGCCACUCCUCCGGCGUACUGCCGCUAACCUGGAAUACCUAGAACUUUCUUCAUCCAGUAUACCCCUUGUUUCUGGCCACCUCUUAGCGUCCAAAUCCCCCAUCGUUUCCCUUCCUGUACUUCAGUCCCUAAAGCUGACCCUCGAUAACACAACAUUCGCCGUACUUGCGGCAUGGGACAUGCCAAAUCUGCGAAAUGUGUCCGUAGUCUCUUCAGAUUUUGGCUACGCAGGCCCCGGGUUUGCUUAUUUCUUUGCCGCGCAUGGCAAAAAGCUACACCAGCUGGAACUGGGUCACUCUUCUUCACUCGUCGUCGAGCACAACCUCUCACUUCGUCCUCGCCCCGUGCAACAAAUCCCACUAGCAGAGUGGUGCCCCAACCUCAAAGAGUUCAUUUGUUCUGCGGACGCAGAGUGGAACUGGCAGAACCCAGAUUGGAUAGCACCACACGUCCUCCUUCCUGGGCACAAACACCUCGAAUUCAUUGGCAUCCGAGAUAUUGAUAAGCGCCUUGUGGAUGACGCGUCUGCUUUCCCUGCCGACGUAGAAGAUGACGCGCCAUUUUUUCCAUUAGUGGAGCAAAUCUCGUCAUUGCUCUUCAAUGACGCCUUUCCUUCUUUACGGUACAUCCGUGACCUGAGCCGCGCAUCACACUCAAUGCGCGGUGGACAGCGCCCAAAGACGCGAAUCCUGAAGUUCUGGGCCAAGAUUCUGGCCCGUUGUGGUGAACGGCAGGUCUGGCUGGAGGAUUUCCGAGGCGUCAAUAUUACGUUGCGGGAUCUGAAACGAGCAGGGCUUGAUCAAGGUGCUGGCAGCCUCGUCUAGUUCCUUUUCCCUUUUUUUAUUCCAUUUGCUUCUGUGUGCUUUCAACAUGCAUACCCUCCUUAUCUCCCACUCUGCGUCCACUGUAUAUCUGCGUCAUCGUCCAUCACUGUAUCAAACACCCGUAUAUGCAUCCUCCAUUCCAUACAACAUCCACAUACUACAAAUAUCAUAGCACUCGUUUCUUGGUUCACUCCUU